AUGAAGACAGACGCUGCCAUCAUCAUCGUGGGCGCCCGGGCCUUUGGAUUGACCACGGCGUAUGAGCUGGCUUCUGAAGGCUAUCACAACAUCACAGUCCUGCAUCGGCAUGUUGCCCCAGUAAGGAAAGAGUCUACCUCGUUUGAGAGGUAUGCUAAGUGUCCAAAGGUUGCUGACGGCUCGAGCGUAGACAUCUCACGUGUGAUGCAAUUCGACUAUGCAGAUCCAGACUAUCUUCGCCUCGCCUAUGAUGCGUAUAAGAAGUGGUCACAACGUCCCAAGUACAGCCACACUUUUGGCCCGUCGGCGUUUCUUCUCACCAGCAACACGAGGAGCCCGGGCACUUACAUCGACAGGACCACGGCGGCAUUGGCCAAGGCAAGUUCUCCCAUGGAGGAAAUUGGACACUGCUGA